UAUUUUGCCAUUUAUUCAUAAUGUAUGCAGAAACUUGAUUUAUAUCUCUCUUUGAGUUCAUUCAAAUGACCACUAGAGGGUGCUACCUGCAUGGGGAAUGUGCUGGGAAAGCGUUGCCCUCCUAGACAGGAAGCUGCUACGUUUUCAUUCAAUAACACCACAGCAUCGAGAUGAAAGCAGUAGUCCUGACUCCUUCUUUCUUCUUUUGAUUUCUUCACUCAUCAGGUAUGCAACUCGUUUGAAACUUCAACUGACUUUGUAUAAGGUUUGAAACAUUACGAAAUGAUGUUGUUUGUUAUGUUAUCAGUUGCCAAUGUGUUAAUUUUGAAUGGGGGAAAAGUUGGCUAGUUAUGGGAACGAGUGCAAGCUAACAUGUAAAAGCGCGGGUCUUUGCUAAUCGUCGCAAGCCUUUGUGUUCAUUUAGAAAAGUGAAACUUGAUGCCGCGUAUCUCAUGAUCUUUAAAAAGAUUGCACACAAGUGUAAUGCAGUAGUAAAAUGUUGGUCUACAUUUCUGUAUUAUGUUUGUGACUUUUUCAUUGCAAGUGAUUGCCACUGUCUGUAUGAGAUCCAGUACUGCCUGCACUAUUCUGUUGAGUUUUACAGUAUCAGCCACAGUGAAGCGGAUAAUGGACUUCUUGUAACUGAGAGUGCAACAUUUUGGAGGCCCCAGCGAGGAUGGAUGCGUGAGAGGUCCUACUCCAAGAGGCAGUACCCCAUCCUGCAUUCAGACUCACCACUACACCUGGAAGAUCAGCGGAGCACAGCAGCACGGCGGUCGGGCAAGAAGGACAGAGUCAUCUGAGGUUGUAUCGUGCUAACCAGGAGAGCUACAGGUUCCACCUUGCCACGAACACGUCCUGCUUCACUGCAUCACUGGUCAUCUGUUCUUAACAAACAUGGAUGUUUUGGUGGACUUACAACUUGAAGUAAUUGGGUUGCUUUAUACUCUAACUAGUGAACAACUGGUACAUGUAUGUGAGUUUUUGGGAAUAGCCCAAGAUGAUUUCUCUGAUAAAGGUCGUUCCUUUUUGAUUACACAAAUUACACAACACAUGGAUAAAGAUGAGAUACGCGAUCUAGAAGAUAAGGGUAUGUCACUCUUUCUUAGUCUUAGUGACAAAAUUGCCUCAGUCAAGCUGCCCACGAGUGCCCAAGCUACACCAGCUCCAGGCACACACCCCCCUAACCAACCACAGGCACAACAGAUAGAAUUGUUAUCAGAACAGGAAAAACUCCAGAAACAGAUCGAAGACCUACAGUUAGCUUUACAAAGGUCAUUACAAUCUCAGCAACAGGGUGGUAGGAACGAAACAUUAGCCAGUAAUCAGAAUACCCCUUCUGCGCCUACCCAAAAUCAUGCACAGUCAUCUGUUCUCAACCCCUGGCAUAGAGAAUUCAGGAUCACAGGGCAAAUUGGAGAACCAGGACAAAAGGACAGGCUUACCUUUUCCAGUCUGGCUCACCAGAUCGAAACCGGAUUAAACAAAAAAGUCCCUGAAUAUGAAAUUGUCCAUGCAGUUAUAAAGUCCAUAGCACCAGGCAUGCAAUUGCGGAGCUACUUGGAGGGCAAAGCAGAUUUGACUCUCCCCGUGCUGAGGAGAAUACUCCGAUCUCACUACCAAGAAAAGGGUGCAACAGAGCUCUACAAACAACUGACAGCAGAGGUACAAAAUGGCAAAGAGACGCCACAGAACUUUCUUUUCCGAGUGCUUGAUCUAAGACAAAAGAUAAUUUUCGCCUCUCAAGAGGCCGAGUCUGGUCUGAGGUAUGACCCCAUCCUUGUGCAGAAUAUGUUUCUGCAUUCUGUCCUGACAGGGCUGCAAAAUGACAACAUAAGAAAUGAUAUAAAGCCUUACCUGCAACAGGCAGAUGUGAAUGAUGAAGUCCUGCUAGAGAAGGUAAACAUUGCCUGUAUGACUGAAACAGAGAGACAAAACAAAAGGAAAGAGAUACAUCCACAGCGGUCCAUAGGUGCUCACUCAGCUCAGUGCACUGAGGCUCAGGCUGUGUCUGAGAAGAAAAGGGAGAUCCCAGAAAAUAAAACCAAGCCGAAUCUUCUGGAUGAGCUAAAGGAAAUUAAAGCAGAUAUUGCUGUUCUGAAGAACUUAAGCACUGAAGUGUGUCAGAUUCGAGACUCCAUCCAGUAUCCACAAGUGGCCUUAACACAAAACUUACCCACACCCGGCAUUGAUACCCGUCAGUUUGAUUAUAUGCCCACAGGCUACUGGCGUGAUGGUGGCCGAGGACGAGGUGGAACGGCGCAAUUCCAGCAAGGCUAUGCACCCCAACGGCUGUCAGCAAGACCCCUGGACGAAGACACGAUUUUGGUGGUUGAACCAGAUGUUGACCCCCAGUGGCCAGAAGGGCUAGAAUUGAACGAAACAGUGGUGCAGUUAAAAGCAGGUGCUUCCCCCUACAUCACGGUGAAUAUCAACAGUGUGGCCAAAACCAUGCAUCAGUGA